UCUUAGGAAGAAACGAUGGAUGAUUUCGAAGAGGUGCCGGGUAAUAAGCCAUUGCGGUUGCCAAAGAAAGCAGCUAAAGUAAAGAACAAAGCUCCGGCAGCUCUACAAAUAACAGCGGAGCAGUUGUUACGUGAAGCAAAGGAACGUGACCUAGAAAUUGUUGCACCACCGCCAAAAACUAAAAUAUCCGAUCCAGAAGAGCUAGCCGAAUAUCAGCGGAAACGAAGGAAGGAAUUCGAAGAUAACAUUCGUAAAAACCGUUCGCAGAUAGCAAACUGGGUGAAAUAUGCAAAAUGGGAGGAAAAUAUAGGUGAAAUGCAAAGAGCUCGUUCAGUGUUUGAGCGUGCACUUGAUACUGAUCAUCGUUCUAUAACGCUUUGGCUCCAGUAUGCGGAAAUGGAAAUGAGAAACAAACAGAUUAAUCAUGCACGAAAUAUUUGGGAUAGAGCAAUUACCAUUUUGCCUCGAGCUACGCAAUUCUGGCUAAAAUACUCAUACAUGGAAGAAUUGAUCGGGAAUAUACCUGGAGCAAGACAAGUUUUUGAACGCUGGAUGGAAUGGGAACCACCAGAACAAGCUUGGCAAACAUAUGUCAAUUUCGAGUUACGUUACAAAGAAAUCGACCGUGCACGUACUAUUUGGCAGCGUUUUCUUCACGUUCACGGACAUGAUGUAAAACAGUGGUUGCGUUAUGCAAAGUUUGAAGAAAGAUUCGGCUAUGUUGGAAAUGCCCGUACUGUUUAUGAGCGAGCAUUGGAAUAUUUUGGGGAGGAAAAUUUGAGUGAAACGUUACUGAUUGCAUUCGCUCAGUUCGAAGAACGACAGAAGGAGCAUGAAAGAUCAAGGGUUAUCUAUAGGUAUGGAUUGGACCAUCUUCCGGCUGAUCGAACUGGUGAAAUAUUCAAAUUUUAUACCAUACACGAGAAAAAGUAUGGGGAGAGGAUGGGGAUCGAAAAUGUAAUUGUUAGUAAGCGUCGCCAUCAAUACGAAGAGCAAAUUGCUGAAAACUCGUACAAUUAUGAUGCUUGGUUUGAUUACAUUCGUUUAUUACAAAAUGAGAAAAUUCAUCGUGAAGAGAUGGAAGAUACAUUUGAGAGAGCGAUAGCUAAUAUACCUCUGCAACCUGAAAAGAGGUAUUGGCGACGAUACAUUUAUUUAUGGAUCAAUUACGCUCUUUAUCAGGAAUUGGAUAUUGGUGACAUAGAGAAAACACGAGAUGUUUACAAAGUUUGCUUACAAAUCAUUCCUCAUAAGAAAUUCACUUUUUCAAAAAUAUGGGUGAUGUUUGCCUAUUUCGAGGUGCGACAACUUCGCUUAUCUGAUGCACGUAAAAUAAUGGGAAAUGCAAUUGGAAUGUGUCCUCGAAAUAAACUUUUUCGAAAUUACAUAGAUCUUGAAUUGCAACUACGUGAGUUUGAUCGAUGUCGAGUUUUAUAUGGGAAAUUUCUGGAAUACGCUCCGGAAAAUAGUAAUACUUGGAUUAAAUUCGCUGAAAUGGAAACGCUUCUCGGCGAUGUUGACCGUGCACGUGCAAUUUUCGCGUUAGCUGUACAACAACCUGCACUGGACAUGCCUGAAGUUUUAUGGAAAGCCUAUAUUGAUUUCGAAGUGAGUCAAGAAGAAUAUGGUCGAGCUCGACAGUUAUAUAGUAGUCUUUUGGAACGGACGAACCACAUAAAAGUUUGGAUAAGUUUAGCGGAAUUUGAAUUAUUAGUAAGUGGUGUGGAAGGCGCGCGUAAGACUUAUGAACGCGCCAACAGGAAUCUAGCAAGUAGUGAAAAAGAAGAAAGGUUGUUACUUCUCGAGUCAUGGAUGUUAUUUGAAACUAAAUACGGUGACGAGGAUUCUGUAACAACAGUUUCUCGUCAAAUGCCAAGAAAAGUGAAAAAACGUCGUCAAAUUCAGACCGAGGAUGGUGUGGAUGCUGGUUGGGAGGAAUAUUUCGAUUACGUAUUCCCAGAUGAACAAACUUCAAAAGGAAGCAUGAAACUAUUCGAAGCUGCCCGAAGAUGGAAGGAAAAACUUACACAAGCAGCGUUGUCAGUGGAAAAAGAUUCGGAUAAAGACAUAGGGGAUAGUGAUAUCAAAGAUGAAGCGACAGAAAGAGAGAGAAAAGUGCGUGAGAAUGACUCAGAUACUGAUAUAUCGACAUCCUCCUCAUCAUCGUCGGGUAGUGAUUCUGACUCAAAUUAUGAGUCAAAGGAUAGUGAUUCUGGUUUAAAGUCUGGAAAAUCUUGAAUGCUUUCACAGGAAGGAGUAGAGGGAUGGAGGUUGAUGGUUGUUUCAUUUCUUUUUCGUAUUUUAUUGCUUAAAUCUUAGGGUUUUUGGUAUUUUGUUUUCUGUGGAAUGUCUGUACAUAUCGAUCCAAUUUCAUACUAUUCAAAAAAAUCAG